GACACACCAAAAAUAGAGAGAAAAAACCUGAAAGGCUAAAUUUUUCGCCCGACCCAAAACGAUGUCGUCUAACAGCGACAGCCCGUCGUCUCCCGCGGCCGCCGCAGCUGUCGACUCUACGCCGUUGCUGGGCGACCAGAGCCCCAGCAAUCGCUCCUCCGCCUUCAUCGGGCGCGCUCCCAGCCUCCGCGGCGCCGCCCGCUUCCUCCGCCGCGCCAGCAGCCGCGGCCGCUCGAUGCGCGAGCCCUCCGUCCGCGUCCGCGAAGCUGCGGCCGAGCAAAUCGAGGAGCGCCAGAGCGAUUGGGCCUACUCCAAGCCGAUAGUGAUACUCGACCUCGUCUGGAACCUCGCCUUCGUCAUCGUCUCGAUCUCCGUCCUCAUUAUGAGCCGCGAUGAACGCCCCUCGAUGCCGCUGCGUCUCUGGAUCGUCGGCUACGCGCUCCAGUGCAUUCUUCAUAUGGUCUGCGUCUGCGCCGAGUACAUGAAGAGGUUUUCCCACCGGAAUUCGGAGGCUAGUGGGAGAGGGCGGGUUAACUACGCCCGGAAUUACUCCAAUUCCAGCUCCGGAAGUGAUGACGUCGAAUCCGGCGGUUAUUCUUCAGAGCACCGACAGAGUGAUGAUGAAACUAGUGUUGCUAAGCAUCUGGAGUCUGCAAAUACUAUGUUCUCGUUCAUUUGGUGGAUAAUUGGGUUCUAUUGGGUAUCUGUUGGUGGCCCGGAUUUGACAGCUGAAUCGCCACAGCUUUACUGGCUUUCCAUUGCAUUCUUGGCAUUCGAUGUGUGCUUCGUUGUGCUUUGUGUUGCCGUGGCGUGUAUAAUUGGAAUUGCUGUUUGCUGCUGUCUACCAUGUAUCAUUGCAAUCUUAUAUGCAGUUGCAGAUCAGGACGGAGCUACUAAGGAAGACAUUGAGAGAUUACCAAAAUUCAAAUUUCGAAAAAUUGGUGACUUUGAGAAACAAAAUGGUGAAAUUCAAGAAUCAUUCGGAGGAAUAAUAACUGAAUGUGACACUGAUUCUCCCACAGAGCAUGUUCUACCUCUGGAUGAUGCUGAAUGUUGUAUUUGCCUUUGUGCCUAUGAUGAUGGAGCCGAACUGCGUGAACUCCCAUGUCGUCAUCAUUUUCACUCAGCCUGCAUAGACAAGUGGCUGCACUUAAAUGCAGUCUGUCCUCUCUGCAAGUUCAAUAUACUGAAGAAUGGCAGUCAAGUCGACAGCGAAGAAGCAUAAUCGAGAGAUCUAUAAACGAUCAGCCAGGAGAGUCGUUUAACUUUGUGUUGGAUGACUAUGGCUUUCCUGAUGUCAGGUAACACCAUGAGAGCUGCUUGUUGUGUGCCUUUGAUGCCCUUUUGGUGCUUUCUUAAUGCUGAUUGUAUAUGUUUUCUUACAAAGAGUUUUUGUGGAACUUCUUGUUUCAUGUAACAUUCCAGAUAUAUUUAGAAUUAGGCUGUAUGUAAUACCAGUUUGUGAUGUUAAAGAAAACCCAUUUGGAGAUAAAGCUGAAAUCAUCUGUGUUCAAA